GAGCUUGUCAGAAAAUUGUCCCUUGCCCAGAGGGAGGCUCUGUGCCUGAGGCAGGGCAGGAGCACUAUAAAAGGCAGUCCAGCUCCCUGCUCUCUCAUCCACUUCUCUCACCUCCUCUUCUUGAGAACUAGGUGCACCUCCAGCCCCAAGCCAUGUCCUGCUGCAACCCGUGCCAGCCCUGCCAGCCCUGCGGCCCGUGCCCGCUGGCCAGCAGCUGCAAUGAGUGCUGUGUCCGACAGUGCCAGAGCUCCACCAUCGCCAUCCAGCCCCCCGCAGUUGUGGUGACCCUGCCCGGACCCAUCCUCAGCUCCUUCCCUCAGAACACCGCCGUGGGCUCCUCCACCUCCGCUGCUGUGGGCAGCAUCCUCAGCUCUAACGGAGUGCCCAUCUCCUCCGGGGGCCUUGACCUCUCCUGCAUCACCAGCGGCUACUGUGGCACCAGAUGUCGGCCCUGCUAAAGCCUCUGAUGAUGGCCCAGAUGAGGACCCCCAGGAAUCCAGAUCUCGAUUCUGAACUAAGGACGGAGCACUGCUUUCAGAGAAGCUGAGCAUCUAGUGCUGCCCUUGCAAAGGAGGGCAACUGAAGCCCUGAAACCAUGGCCACAAUCUGACUUCCCAGCUUUACUCUCUCUUUCCAAUAUCUUACUUGUCUUCUGUUCUUCUGGGCUAUGAGACCCUCAAAACCAGCGUGGGGGAUCUGCUUACCCCUCUCCCUCCAUGUAGCAGCAGAAGAUGCCCUGUGGGAUCUCCGCUGUGGGCAAUGGGUGCAGAAUUUAGAGCUGCCAGUGCUCUCCCUGCUCUGGCUGCCCCCUCCUCUAGAAGUGAUCUCACUGCCCCCUUCAGAGUGAUUAAAGUUUUCUGCAUUCCAGCCUCUGCCUCCACGC